AAACAAACGGAAGUGACUCGGAUGUCACUUCCGUUUUGUUUGUUGUGAUCCGCGAGCGGCGGUUUCUAUGCGAUUCGAAGCGGGACCGUUGAAAUUAUGAAAACAGCGACCACCGAACAUUUAGGGUUGUUCGCGAAUAUAAAUAGUUAAUUGCUAAACCCCAUUUAAUUUAUGGGAUAUUAACAACAACAAAAAAAUAUUAUAAUUUGUAAGGAAUUAGCCAGCUAGCUAUGAAGCUACUUGUCGGACAGUGAACUUUUCCAACUAUUCGACGUUAGCUAACUAUAACUAGCUAACUAUAACUAGCUAACUAACUAGUACUGUACAGUGGCUAACAGUUAAUACAACCACAGACAAGGAGCUCGUUACCAGUAUAUGUCGUGCAACAGUCGACGUUGUUAGCUAGUUAGCACAAUCAUACAACUAGCUCGCUAACGCCUUUAACCGUCCUUGAACUCUUUUGAGUUCGCUAAUCCUUAAUCUUCGGUAAUUUAUAUGGUAAAUUAAUAAAUAAAUCUUCGGUAAUCUUCGGUAAGUUAUAUGCUCAGCAGUUAGCUGGCAAAAAAAAAAAAAAAAGCAGAUCACUACUUGUUUGACAAAAGCGAGGUAGCUAACGUUUAUCUAGCUUCAAAAUGCCUGCGAAGAAGACGCAGAAAAACCCGUCGGUGAAUAUCUCCAGCUCCCUGGAGGAGUCGGAAGAGUUCAGUCUGGAGACCACGGUGCCCACGGAAGACAUCUCGUCGUCGGACGAACGGGACCGCACCGGGACGCAGAAAGUCACCCGACAGCUCAUCGAGAGGAAAGAGCUACUGCACAACUUACAGCUGUUAAAAAUAGAGAUGUCGCAGAAAAAUCUCAUCGUAGAUAACAUGAAAGUGGACCACUUGACGAAGAUGGAGGAGCUGGAGGAGAGGCUGAAUGUUGCCCUGCACCAGAAACAAGUCCUGGCUCUGAGACUGGACAGCCAGCUGCAACUCACCCAGGAUGAGAGGAGGAAGCAGCAGGCUCUGAGGAAGCAGGAGAUGGAUGGGAUCCUCCUGAGACAGAAGCAGCUGGAGGAGACUAACAGACGGCUGUGUGACAAGGCAGGAGACCUGCGACGCAGCCUCAGGGACCUGGAGCUCACCGAGGACAAAUACAAGGAGCUCCGAGAUAUCCCAGAGGAGAGACUCUCUAUCACUGAAUACGUAGCGGUGUGUUUCUAUGAGGUGGUGAGUCCUCUCAAAGCCCAGCUCUCUGAGCUCCAUGUCAAGAGGAACAGCCUGACAGACGACCUGGAGACACAUAGGACUGAGAUCAAGGCCCUUAUGAAGGUACACACACACACACACACACACACAGAGGACAGAUCAGAGCCUUCGUGGAGGUACAGACAGAGAGAGGACAGAGUGUCUACUCUGCAGCAGACGGUGUCUACUCUACAGCAGACUGGUGUCCCCUCCUCCAGAUGGAUUGCUACCUCUAACCCCUCUGUGUUCCAGGUGUCCUCUGCAGCAGACGGUGUCUACUCUGCAGAAGUGUCUACUCUGCAGCAGACUGUGACCCUCCUCCAGAAGGAUAAGGAAUAUGUUCACAGACAGAGCAUGGAGCUGAAUGUGCGCUGUGCCCACCAGGAAGACCGUCUAGAGAGGCUGCAGACCCAGCUGGACGACGCCCAGAGGGCCAGGGAGGAGGUCUAUCACAAAUACAUCGCUUCUAGAGACCACUACAAGACAGAGUACGAGAAUAAACUUGCUGAGGAGCUGGAGAACAUUCGUCUGAAGACCAGCCAGGAGAUCGAUAGCCUGCAGAGGACCUCAAAGGAGAUGUACGAGAGAGAGAACAGGAACCUCCGUGAGACGCGGGACAACGCAGUGCUGGAGAAGGACAGAGCGACGACGGCAGAGAGAGAGACACAGACCAGAUACGACCAGCUACUAGAACAGUAAGAGACACAGGCCAGAUACUACCAGCGACUAGAACAGUAAGAGAGAGACCAGAUACUACCAGCUACGAGAACAGUAAGAGACAGAGACCAGAUACUACCAGCUACUAGAACAGUAAGAGAGAGACCAGAUACUACCAGCUACUAGAACAGUAAGAGAGAGAGACCAGAUACUACCAGCUACUAGAACAGUAAGAGAGAGAGACCAGAUACUACCAGCUACUAGAACAGUAAGAGAGAGAGACCAGAUACUACCAGCUACUAGAACAGUAAGAGAGAGAGACCAGAUACUACCAGCUACUAGAACAGUAAGAGAGAGACCAGAUACUACCAGCUACUAGAACAGUAAGAGAGAGAGACCAGAUACUACCAGCUACUAGAACAGUAAGAGACACAGGCCAGAUACUACCAGCUACUAGAACAGUAAGAGAGAGAGACCAGAUACUACCAGCUACUAGAACAGUAAGAGACACAGGCCAUAUACUACCAGCUACUAGAACAGUAAGAGAGAGACCAGAUACUACCAGCUACUAGAACAGUAAGAGAGAGAGACCAGAUACUACCAGCUACUAGAACAGUAAGAGAGCGACACAGGCCAGAUACUACCAGCUACUAGAACAGUAAGAGAGAGAGAGACCAGAUACUACCAGCUACUAGAACAGUAAGAGAGAGAGGCCAGAUACUACCAGCUACUAGAACAGUAAGAGAGAGAGAGACCAGAUACUACCAGCUACUAGAACAGUAAGAGAGAGACCAGAUACUACCAGCUACUAGAACAGUAAGAGAGAGAGACCAGAUACUACCAGCUACUAGAACAGUAAGAGAGAGACCAGAUACUACCAGCUACUAGAACAGUAAGAGAGAG